GCGGUACGCGCUCCAGCGGGGCGGGCUGCUUCCUCUGAGAGUCCCCAGCGGCCACCGCGGGCCGGAGCCUCCGUAGCGGGCACGGCGCCCGGGGUCUGCCGGCCGAGCGCGCCGGCAGGGGUCGAGCGCGCGUCCCCUCCCUGCCCCCACAGCGCGCUGUGGCGCAGCAGGAAUUUGGCGGGGACCCGGGCUCUAUUUGCGGCUCUGGACGCGCUGGCGGCCGGUGGCCCUUCGGUCAUUUCUAUUCUAGGGGCACUGGGUCAUCGCGCCCGGCCGGCGCCCCCCCGGGCCCGGAGGGUGUGUCCCCUUCGCUGGGGCUCGCCGCGCCUAUAAGGGGCCGAGCGGCGGGCAGGGACAUGCAGCUCUACAGCAGCGUCUGCACCCACUACCCAGCCGGCGGACCGGGGCCCACGACCGCAGCUUCCGCUCCUCCCGCCGCCGCCUCUGCCACCCCCGCCCCUUUCAAGGUCUCUCUGCAGCCGCCGGGACCCGCCAGCGGUUCGCCGGAGCCUGAGACCGGUGAGUGCCAGCCUGCCGCGGCAGCCGAGCCCAGGGAAGCCGCCGCCCCCGCCGCCAAGAUGCCCGCCUUCUCCUCCUGCUUCGAGAUGGUGUCCGGGGCCGCCGCUCCCGCCGCGGCCGCCGCCGGCCCGCCCGGGGGGUCCUGCAAGCCGCCGCUGCCGCCGCACUAUACGUCUACGGCGCAGAUCACCGUGAGGGCCCUGGGCGCCGACCGGCUGCUGCUGCACGGGCCUGAGCCUGGCGCUGCGGCGCCCGCCGCCUCGCGCGGCCGCUGCCUCCUGCUUUCCCCCGCUCCCGGCGCACCCGUCCCGCCGCGGCGGGGCUCCUCCGCCUGGCUCCUGGAGGAGCUGUUGCGGCCCGACUGCUCCGAGCCCGCGGGCCUGGACGCGGCCCUGGAGGGGCCCGACCGAAACUUCCGACUGAGCGAGCACCGCCAGGCCCUGGUGGCCGACAAGCACCGGGGCCGCGCGCCGCCCCCGGGGAGCGCGGAGCCCAGCCCCGGCCGGUGGGGCGAGGAGCACCCUGCGGAGAGGAGCUUGCGGGGCUGGGAGAGGGCCGUCGACCGCGGAGACCCUCCCGGCGCAAACGAGGCUCGACGGCCUGACCUGGAGGCCCAGGCGUCCCCGGCGCGGAGCAGCGAGGCCCUCCAGAACAGCGCGGCCCCGGCGGUGAUCGUCUCCAGGUCGGAAGCCAGAGACGAGAAACUGGCCCUGUACCUGGCAGAGGUGGAGAGGCAGGACAAGUACCUGCGGCAGAGGAACAAGUACCGAUUUCACAUCAUUCCCGACGGCAACUGCCUCUACCGAGCGGUCAGCAAGACGGUGUACGGGGACCAGAGCCUGCACCGGGAGCUAAGGGAGGAGACGGUGCACUAUAUCGCCGAUCAUCUGGACCACUUUAGCCCCCUGAUUGAGGGCGACGUGGGGGAGUUUAUCAUCGCUGCUGCUCAAGACGGGGCAUGGGCCGGGUACCCCGAGUUGCUGGCCAUGGGGCAGAUGCUGAAUGUGAAUAUACACUUAACAACUGGAGGGAGGUUGGAGAGCCCCACAGUGUCUACCAUGAUUCACUAUUUGGGCCCAGAGGAUUCCCUAAGGCCUAGUAUUUGGCUCAGUUGGCUCAGUAAUGGACAUUAUGAUGCCGUGUUUGAUCACUCGUAUCCUAAUCCGGAGUAUGACAACUGGUGCAAGCAGACUCAAGUGCAAAGAAAACGCGAUGAAGAACUUGCCAAGUCCAUGGCUAUAUCCCUGUCCAAAAUGUAUAUUGAACAAAAUGCAUUCUCUUGAAGUGUUUCAUGCCGCCAGUCAACUUUGGCGGGUAGUUUUUAGCAGAAGAAUACUGUCUUAAUAUUCUGUUCCCUUUAAAUUCAUUCAAAAGGCAAAAUAGGAUUGCCCUGUAUUAUGUAAACAGUCUGUAAACAGAGUUUGUAUGGUUUGCUGGGUCAAACGAUGUUCCCAACCCAAAACUGAUCUCAUUUUCACUUUAACUACUUUAGGUCAUAUUUAUUAAGUAAUGCAGUUUGUACUUUUUUAUUUUGUAACAUUUUGUGAUUUUUUUGUACAAUACUGUAUUUGUACAAUAGAGCAAUUCUCAGCUCGUGGAAUGAAUGAAUAAAUGCAUAGUUUUACUUUUAUAAUGUCCGUUUGGCUAAAGUGGUUUUUAAAUUGUAAAGUGACUUCUGCAGGAACAUUUCUUACAACUUUAACUUUGUCCACGUGAAAAGGUGUCACAGAAUUAUGGGAAUGGGUUUAUAAAUUCUCAUGUGACAUGGGAUGAUCAUUAGUAAUUUCAAACAAUAAGUCUCAGUGAAAUAUAAUUUUAAAAGUGGAGUAACUCAGGAAAUUGUUCUCAUUAUUUCUAAUUACAAUUCCUGUCUAAAACUACAGAGGUACCUAUUGGCUAAUGAUAAGGGAAGUGCAAGUAUUGUGUUAACUAGCAUGUCUAAUUAAAUAUCAUAGUUUUGUGUUUUACACACUCAACACAGAUUUUAAUGUUUUAAGAGUAACCAAAGCAGUGCUCUAAUUUUUAUCCAGUCAGGCCUCAAUUUUAAGAUGUGUUACCAGAUUUUGUUCAGAAGGGCUCUUGUAUAUGUAAUGCUGGGCAUGUUUAUUGCAGAAUAAAAACAGCUAGUUUGGA